GACAUACAAGCAAGUCCCCAACAAUGGUUUGUUGUUCCAGUUUUAAUCAUGCUCAGUAUGUGGUUAUUUGGGGCAGGCUUCGUUGGGGCGCUGAUGGUCGCGUGGGCAGCAAGGACGCCCCUACCAGACUGCCCCGGCGUAUCGACGGUGAUUGUCGACGCGCUUUUCACGACCAACCAGAAGCCCCAGCUGUUUCACAACUGGACAAAUGUAUACACGCGAACUCUGGAGCUGCCCCCCUUCACGCCCGUGGCACUCCGCAUCAACCUUUCCCCGAGUCAUAAGCUGGCGCAGGGUGCAGCGACGAUGAACUUCAUGCUACGAAGCAACACGAGUGACUUUGCUGUUCUGGAGCAGCACAUCUGCAGGUGCGACUUCUGCGGUUUGGGCCGGCAGCUGCCCCUGGAGCGGCACUCGGUGCUCAGCGUGUUGGACCUGGGCGGCAACUGCGGACUGGCCGCCACUGUGCUGGCGGCUGUGUACCCCAACGCGCGUGUGGUGACGGUGGAGCCAGGCACCUCCACCUUUCAGCUCCUAGCCGUCAACACCGCCCACAACCGGCGUGAGCUCGACUACGACCAGCGGGCGGGAAUCUGGGAAUUAGGCGUGCUGGGCAUCCAGGCUGUGUACGGCGCGGCCUGGGGCAGCAGCACGCUCAUCACCCUCAACGGCCCCAUAUACGACCACGAGGUCAAGCAGGAAGCCACUGACUGGGCCACGUCUGUGGGCCCCCUGCAGACCGCCGCCGCCUCUGUGUCGGACCUGGUUCCGGCCUGGGCGGUGGACGACCUUCUGGCCAAGUACCACCUGGGGGCUGUGGACGUGCUCAAGGUGGACGUGGAGGGCUCGGAGGCCGUCAUGUUCAGGGACAGCAAGAACGUGCAGUGGCUGAGGCGCGUCAAGUGCCUGGUGAUCGAGUGGCACCACCGCCACCUCAGCGACAGGCAGUAUGAGAAAUUCAAGGCCAUCAUGGACAGGUACGGUCUGAAGCCGCUGGGGCGCUUCGGGGAGCAUGAGGGAUUCUGCAGACCCCAGCCGGCCAGCUUUGGUGGCCGCAGCGGUGGCGGCGGCGGCGGCAUCAGCGGCGGUAGUGGCAGCGGUAGUGGCAGCGGUAGUGGCGAUGCCUCGACCGACCUUUGGGGUGGCGUCUGAGGCGGCCAUGCGCAGCAGGUGGCGGGCCGCCUCAGGCAGGCGGUUUCAGGCGGGGGUGUCCCAAACCCGAGGAGGAUACAUGCGCACCUGCCCCGGAGGCUCGGACCUGGGGACAACUACUGCAUCCGGCCAAGGGACAACUGAAGUGGCCCGUGAUGGUAGAGCUCUGCGUUGCGUGAUUUGGGGAGCCGGGCGGUGUGCAUGUAAGUGCGAAGGUACAGGGCAAGGGGCAAAUGCGCGCGUGGGUGCCGGUGACUCGGUGACUGUUAGCGCUUGCGUAGGAGGGGCUGGCCGCAUGCCGGCAUUCAUGACGUGUGCGGUAUACAUCACAUUCUGAGGGGCACGAACGAUUCGUUCCAGGUGUGUGGUGCAGCAGUGUCGCUGGGUUGCUCCACUGCGCAUUGGACGGCGGAGGUCCCGGCCGCAUCUGAGAAGGCCCCCGGCGGCCCAGCCCAAUCUUAGUUGUUGGCAGAGGCCGCCGCACCAAACUUGAACCCCCGCCAGCCACAACUAAGUUGC